AUGUUAGUUUUUAUCUAUCUAUCUAUCUAUCUAUCUAUCUAUCUAUCUAAUCUACUAUUCAUCUAUCUAUCUAAGACUGACUGUUUUUUUUCUUUACAAUCGAAUAAACGCCUUCAAUAUUUAAGUGGACAUAAAAUCCCGCGUGAUAAUCACUGUGAGACAAGUUGUUCGGAAACGCCUUUCCCGCCACCUGUCUGGACUUUUCUUUUUUUUAAAGAAAAGAUCCUUUCCACCCUUAUCUUCUAUUUUCUUUCAUCCUCAACAUUUCAUUUCUCUCUUUCUUUCUUCUCUCUGCGUUUCAUUUCGUUUCUUUCUUUCUUUCUUUUAACUUCCUUCCUUCCUCCCUCCCUCCCUCCUUCCUUCCUUCCUUCCUUCCUUUCUUCCUUCCUCCCUCCCUCCCUUCCUUCCUUCCUUCCUUCCUUCCUUCCUUCCUUCCUUCCUUCCUUCCUUCCUUCCUUCCUUCCUUCCUUCCUUCCUUCCUUCCUCACUCCCUUCCUUCCUUCCUUCCUUUCUUCCUUCCUUUUUCCUUCUUUCCUUUUUCCUUCCUUCCUUUUUCCUUCCUUCCUUCCUUCUCUCCUCCCUUAUAUUUUUUCUGCUUUCUUUUCUACAAUAUUUAUUUCCUAUUUGCUUUCAUUUUCCUCUCCGAUUGUCUUCUUUCUUUCCUUCCUUCCGUCCGUCCGUCCGUCCUUCCUUCCUUCCUUCCUUCAUUCCUUCCUUCCUUCCUUCAAAUCCUUCCUUCAAAUCCUUCCUUCCUUGUUUCCUUCCUUCCUUCUCACCCCUCUCUUCCAUCUUUUCUAUUUUUUAUUUUCUUUUUAUUUCAUUCCUCCCUUCUACAUUUCCUUCUUUCUUUAUUUCCUUCCUCCCUUCAUUAUUUAUUCCUUAUACUGCAUUUUUUAG